GUGACAUACUUGAGCUGGAUACAAACUAGAGCUGACAGUGAGUUUCUUGUCAGUGUUCAUCCCAUCAGUGGACGAGACACAUUUCUGUCAGGCUGUAUGACAAUCAGUCGCUCAGGAUGACACACCAGUUCCCCACACUCUCUGAGGCACAGAAGAGGGAGCUACAUGAGAUCGCUCUACGCAUCGUUUCUCCAGGGAAGGGCAUCCUGGCUGCGGACGAGUCUGUGGGCAGCAUGGCUAAGCGGCUCGCCCAGGUCGGGGUGGAGAACACAGAAGAGAACCGCAGACAGUUCCGGCAGAUUCUCUUCAGUGCAGACGAUCGCAUCAACGGCUGCAUUGGAGGGGUCAUCUUCUUCCAUGAGACGCUGUAUCAGCACUCUGAUAAUGGUGUAGGCUUUGUCAAAAUGAUCAGGGACAGGGGCAUCCUGGUCGGCGUCAAGGUUGACAAAGGUGUUGUUCCCCUGGCAGGAACUUGUGGAGAAACCACCACACAGGGUCUGGAUGGACUGUCAGAGCGCUGUGCGCAGUAUAAAAAGGAUGGAGCCGUCUUUGCAAAGUGGCGCUGUGUGCUCAAAAUCAGUGACGCCAAUCCAUCUAAACUGGCGAUCACAGAAAAUGCUAAUGUACUUGCACGCUACUCCAGUAUCUGCCAGCAGCAUGGCAUUGUGCCCGUGAUAGAGCCGGAGAUUUUGCCUGAUGGAGAUCAUGACCUGAAACGCAGCCAGUAUGUCACCGAGAAGGUCCUGACUGCAGUGUACAAGGCCAUGUCAGACCAUCAUGUGUAUCUGGAGGGCACUCUCCUCAAACCCAACAUGGUCACUGGUGGACACAGUUGCUCCACCAAGUACAGCCCAGAGGAGGUUGCGAUGGCAACUGUCACCGCUUUGCGCCGCACUGUCCCCCCAGCAGUCCCAGGAAUUGCUUUUCUCUCCGGGGGUCAGAGUGAAGAAGAGGCCUCUGUCCACCUCAAUGCCAUCAACAACUGCCCUCUGGCUGCGCCCUGGGUCCUAACGUUCUCCUUCGGCCGAGCCCUGCAGGCAUCUGCACUGAGAGCCUGGAGAGGACAUAAAGAGAAUGAGAAAGUUGCCACUGAGCAGUUCAUCAAGAGAGCAGAGGUGAACAGUCUGGCAUGUCAAGGAAAGUACACUGGUGGUGAUAACUAUGGCGAUGGCAGCCAGCGCAGCUAUGGUUCCUGUCAUGCAUACUGAGUAGUUUGAGAAGCCAUGUUUCAAUUAGCAUCGUGUAUUCUCUCCGUUACCGUAACAAGGAGGGAAUUUAAUGAAGAUAAUUAGGUUAUUUUUAGAAAUCUGACACUCAUGAUGAUGUUCCAUGAAAACAAGUGACAGCGUGUUUUCUUGCCUUGACAAAUGAGGACAAUCAGAACAUGGCCUUGUGUAUUUCUAAUGCAUGUAUUACUGCAUGGAGGUUGCUUGCUUUACUUUUGUUUGGAUGCACAGUGUGCUCUUGUGAUAGUGCCAUAACUAAAGCUUUAAAGGUAUUGUAUCAUGAAUACUAAGUUGCCGUGUGCUGAAAGUAAAUAGAAUUUUCACUGCAGAGCAAUAACAUUAGUUUGUAUCACAGCACAGUUAAUUAAAAAUAGUUUAAAUUGA